AUGGCAACUCAUCCGCCAUAUCCGGCUUUACACGACGGCCAGAGCGAAUCUGAUCUCGAGUUCGAAAGGUUUGAAUACCUGGCCAGUCCUCGUAUGUCUGUUCAUAGGCAUGCCAGCGAGACUGAAAUGGGCGUCUCAGAAAUAGACGGUAUGACUGUGCAUACACAGGACCCGCAAACAGAUACUGAAACAAAGCGACCUGGGUUCGAUUGGAGCGGCUCCUGGGCAUGGGAAAUCGGAUCUGUUACCCUAGCCGUCGUGGGCCUUGUUCUUUUGGUUGCCUUUCUUGUCAAAAUAAACAACACCCCAUACGCGACCUGGCAAUAUACCGCGUCCCCUAAUACUGUCGUGUCAAUCAUCGUCACCAUUACCAAAGCCGCAGUGCUGGUCUCGGUGUCCUCAUGUCUCGGCCAGCUGAAAUGGAACCUAUUUCAAAAUCCAGCUCCACUAUAUAAUAUGCAGGUUAUUGACCAGGCAAGCCGGGGACCCUGGGGAUCCUUGGAAGUUUUACUGAGGGGAAUAUUUGGGUCGAAAACAGGAAGCCUGACUUAUGUUGGGGCAUCUCUUACGGUUCUGGCUCUUGGAGUGGAUCCAUUUGCACAGCAAAUUUUGACGUUCCCUUCACGAACCGUUGCUGCACUGAAUGCCACUGCAUUUGCCCAAACCUCACAGCAAUGGUACCCCAUAGGGGAUUCGGAGGCAAGUGACGUAUUUCUUGAGCUCCAGCCGACGCUUUUGACUCCAAUAAUGAGUGGACUCUUGCAGACACAUAGUCCUCUUGAGCCUCAAUGCAAUGCGAGCUCUUGCGAAUUCCCAGAGUUUGUUGCACUGGGGAUGUGUAGCAAAUGCGAGGAUGUCACAUCUCGAACAAAUCAAAAGUGUCAGGUGCCAGAAUAUUCAGCCUUUUGGGAUGAUGCCCACCCGGCCUUCAGGGAAACCCCCAUGAAUUGCAGCUACCAAUCCCCGAAUAACUUCUCUUUCGAUUUUGAUGGUUUUAAGUCAAUGGAAUACGGGCACGACAACAAUGUCACGUUUCAUAUGUUCCAUUGGAGUUCCCGUCCAAGGGAAAGCGACCCAACUUUCGACAUUCAGACCCCAAUUGUCUCCCUCAUUGAGGUAGACUAUACCAACCCGGUUAUCUACACUCUAUCCAACGCGACAGCUCCCCCAGCGAAGCCAUUGGUAACAGAAUGUGCUGUAUACUUUUGCGAACGACGAUACUCAGCGAGCUCCUACCUGCCUGGCACCCGAAACAGCCGUCCAAUGCAUGUUGUUGAUACACAGCAGCUCAUUACUACAGAUGCCCCUGAGGAAAGUCCCUUUUAUUCCCGACCAGAUCCCGUUCACUUUGCACCCCCAAACGGCUCGGCAACCCUAUCAAAAAACCCGUCCUACAACAUCGAUCAUCAGACGUUCAGCAGUUUCGAACCUACAAUGAUGAGCAUUUUCAAUAGUACAGCUGUUUUCAGUGGGAACGUAUCAACAUCAGAUGUGUUGAAUCUGGCAACGAUUCUGCGCAAAGGUAACCUCAGUCAAUUACUCGAUUCAAUGUCCACCAGCGUCACUGAUGCCCUGCGCGCUAAUCCCCAUGGUAACAAGAUUCCGGGGAAGGCAUUUCGAGUCGAGACAUUCAUUCAUGUCCGAUGGCCGUGGAUCAUUCUUCCGGUCAUUGUUACUCUGGGAUCAAUCGCGCUGCUUCUGGGAACUGCAAUAGGAAGCAAACACCGCAAGGCCGUGCUGUGGAAGUGUACGGUGCUUCCGUUAUUAUCAAGCCAUCUCCAUACUACACCGGAGAAUGAGAUCGCAUCUGUGCGCAGCGUGGAUGGAAUGACUGAUAAAUCGAAGAAGAUGCGCGCUGUAAUGGUACAGGAUGAAGGCCCCCUUACAUUCAGGGAAAAGUAA